GUUGUCGUGAAGAAAUAUUGGGCGGUACCCACUUAUCCAUUUUUUUCACCUUGCUAAUUUCAGAAAGGUGUCGCAAUAUUGUUGUAUGGUCGACUUGCAUUCUGAUAGCAAGUUCCCUUGUAGAUACAGUUGGAUUCGUUUCCACCAAUGCUUACAUUCAUCAUUAUUCACAGACGUUUUGGGUCUUCCACGCGGUUCAUUUUGUAGGGAAAAAUCACCAGACCGAAAUUUUUCGAAACAACGCUGCACUUUUCGUUCGUUAACAAUAUUCUCCCCAAACGCCUGGUUUAUAUUGCAUGUAGCUUUUGCAGCAUUAUUGCCAAGUUUAUACUCAUAUAAAAAAAUUACACGAAUAUCGAUUAUGUCGACGACAUCGACGAAUAUCGGUUGAAUUCAUAUCUGUACAAAAUUCAAAACAGAUAACAAAAGGGCACACUUUUGAAAAAAUCUUCUUUGUUAAAAUAUGACUCUGGCAAUGGGCAAUACGACUGUAAAAGAGGUUAUGCCAAAAACGAAAGCAUAACGAAAGCAGAGAGACAAACGUUCACAUGUAAAGAAAAUCCGACAUUUCAUAUGCACCAACCUAAUAGGUAGUAAUAGAAUGUGCUUCAUCAAAUGAUUAUGAGAUAAGAAUAAACGAGAUAUUAUAAUCAAGUAUUCUCGCACAAACUAGAAUGACUUAUUUCAGAUUUGCCACCAUUGUGGAGGAAAUUUUACAAGAAGUGUGUUUAGUUGAGUUUACUAGUUGUUUAUGCUUUAUCUGUUUAGUUGAGUACUACUGUAUACAGGAUUGGAAAGUGAAUGAUAAUCUUAGCCUGAUGACUUACUUUAUGUUCUUCGUUUCAUUGUGCUCCAAUAUAUAUAUAUUAUGCUACAUUGGCGAACUUCUCAUGGAAAAGAGCAACCAAAUAGGAUUGAUAUGUUAUAUGAUCAAUUGGUACGAUCUAACACCGACAGUAGCUCGGGAUCUUAUAUUGAUAGUAGCCAUGGCCAGCCAUCCUAUAAAGUUAAGUGCCGGUGGAAUGGCAGAUCUCUCAUUAGCGACUUUCGGGAACAUAUUAAAGACCACCCUGGCGUAUUUGAGCUUCCUCCGAAAUUUAGUAGAGAUUUAAAUUACAACCAUAAAAUGUGAGAAAUAUGUGAA